AUGGCCGAUGCACUAUCGAGGACGGCUCCCUUGGAAAGGCACUCGCUGAAGUCGCCGGACUUUUUCCACCCCGAGCCUGUCUGCCGCACCAGUCUUGCCAACGAAACGUACGGACGCGGCACCAUGAACACGCCAUCUACCUCCCGAUCGGGCCCCAGCACUAUUCACGGCGGAACUGGAUACCUCCCGACUGUUGAUAUUCGUCAGUGCCACGUGGAGGGCCAUCGCGGCCAUGACUGCUGCAAUCCUUGGUGCCAGCGACUCGAGUGCCAUAUAUUGCGCAAUCCAAAAGAAAGGGACCAGUCGGGACACAAAGACUUCCCUCUUCCGUCUCUCCGAGAGCACCUUCACGGAGUCCUAGGAGUGCCGCCGGUCCAGCCGGCUCCGUCGAGCCCUCGAGCCCGCCGCGAAGCGUGGUUGAUGCCGCUGGCAUCCGACUCGCCAGACUCCCAGGGCAGUAAUGGUCGGCGGCGGUCUGCGCGCGAGGCUCAGGCGGCCGUCAAGCACUCGACCUCGCCGGAUCCUCAGAUCAGCUAUGACGGGCGACGUACUGCGAGGCACGCUCAGGCGGAAGCCGAGCAGUCAACCUGGCGGGAUUCUUAG